UUCUCUUCAAAAUUACUCAAUGUCCUAAUUUCAGUUUUUUUUUUUCAGUGAAAUCACCUAAAAUUGCUCACUUUUAGCCUGAUUUGUUGAUUUUUUUUUUGCUAACUUUUUAGCUUUGUUUGGUGAUUUUUGCUGACUCUUUAGGUGGUUAUAGCUAAUAUCUGGUAGGUAUUGAUAUGUGAGAGUUAGGUGAUGACGAAUUAUGAGUAAUUUUAAAGAAUAUUUGGUGAUCGUAACUCUGUGUUGAACAGUAAUGAUUGAUUAUGAGGAUUUUAUGUCCUGAUUGAUGAUAUUUAGUGAUGAAAUUGCUGGUGGAUUCAGAUCAAAGUCUUCUUUGAUGAUGUAUUGAUUUUGUCAUACUUGAAUGAAAUUUAUUUAUUUCCAGUGAUAUUUACUCAAUCGCAUUGAGCUGGGUUUGGUUCAGGUCAUGUCAACUACUUGAUCGAGAAUUUGAUUCAACCCUCACUUUGUUCCUUCCCAAAUUAGGGUUUUGAAAAUUGCAUUCUAAUGUCAAUGCAAUGAAGUUCAAGUUUAGUGGAGGGAGUAAAGUGGAGGCAGUUGAUACGAGGGAGGCGACCGCAGGCUCUUGGCGAUGUGCUGAAAUCAUCUUGGGGAAUGGUCGUGAUUAUAGUGCUAAAUAUGAUCAUUGUUCGCCGGAAUUAGAUUUCUCUGCGGAGAGAGUACCGAGUAAAGAUAUCAGGCCGUGCCCUCCUUCUAUGGCGGGCUUAAGGAGUUGGGUUCUUGGUGAUGUUGUUGAGGUAUUAGAGGAUAGUUGUUGGAAGCCUGCACAAAUCUUGAAGGUUGUUGGAGAGAAUUAUUUUAUCGUUAGGCUUCUUGGAUCCUCUAGAGAGGUUAGAGCAUUCAAAUCCAAUCUCAGGUUGCAGCAAUCUUGGAAGGACAACACAUGGACCAUGAUUGAGAAGGAAUAUGGAGAAGAUUAUGAUGAAAAGGUGGGCAGUUUGUCCAAAGUAGAGAAGUUUAAAAGUGGGAAAAUUCAGUUAUGCAUGAAAAGAUGUACAGGCAAUGAUCAUUUUCUUAACAAAAAUGAUUCUUCAGUUAAGGAAAAUUAUCAGGUUUCCUCAAGAGUCAUGAAGAAAAGGAUGAAGUUGUGCUCGCAUAAUUUCGAGGAACAUACUGGAGCCACCAAAAAGAUGCGAACAGUCAUGGAGGGAAAGCAUCAGAAGACAACUGCUAGCUAUUUCUUUCAACUACCGCAAACGGUAGAUGCUGUUAAUUCACCAAAAAUUAUGUUUGGUGAUACAUUCAUGCAUGAUUCCUUCGAAAAUGGUAGAAGCCAGUUUCCUGAAAUGGGAAUGCACGGGGGAAAUCCAAAUGAUGAUGUUGUCCAAUUUAGCGUAGGGAGUUUCAAACCAAGUUAUUCUGAAAGCUUUUCAUCCUCAGUUGGGAGUUCCAGUCCUAGCUAUAGUCCAUUUAGGUCGAGGAUGCCUCUUAAAACUGGUUCAACUCAAGAUUUGAGCAUUCAUUCUGAGGAUGCUGAAGGAAGAUUGGGAGGUAAUAUUCAUCCAUUGGAGUUAAAUGCUUAUCGUUCUACCUUAGUUGCAUUGUAUGCAUCGGGGCCAUUGAGUUGGGAGCAGGAAGCUUUGUUGACUAACCUUCGCCUUAUGCUCCAUGUAACAAAUGAUGAACACUUAUUUGAGCUAAAGCAUUUAGCAACUAUCAAAUGUAAUUGAGUUCAAUUUAAGACAUUCCUUGGUUAAAAAGCUCAUUUUAUCAUGUAACAUCUUUGUGCAAAUCGUUGCAUGGUUUUGUAAGGUCUAAAUUUCCGGAGCUAAGAGUUAGACAGUAAAUUACUAUGACAAGUAUUUUUGUAGA